UUUCGCACGCUCUACACUGGGGCGCUAGAUUUGGCGCUACCGAAAGUCACAGCACGCGUCCCAUACGCGAACUAUACGCCAAUCAUAUCGUCGUCGUCGUAAGUUGUCGUCGUAUAUUAACAACCGUUGCACACGCAACAGGCGUUUCGAGUGCUGAAAGUGGCCGAGGCGCUUACCGAGGUAUUCGAAAGCGACGUGCAAAGUGUUGUCCUGCGCAUCCGUAUCAUUCAAAAAAAGCGUUGUAACACACUAUAUACCGCAGAAUUACAUCAGUACAUCUAAGGUAUCUAUGAUUGCAUCAAGGUACAUUGUCAAAACGAACAAAUACAGUUAAAAACAACAGCGGGAGACCCGUCGCGCGGGGGCACACCAAGCAGUCAUGGCAGCCAUAGCCGUCUCCGCGAACGGCACGGACGUCAACGACUCCGACAACGUAUACGAGCCUUACUCGAACCGGCCGGAGACGUACAUCGUUCCCGUGGUGUUCGCCAUGAUAUUCGUCGUGGGCGUGCUGGGCAACGGCACGCUCGUUUUGGUGUUCAUCCGGCACCGGAGCAUGCGCAACGUGCCCAACACGUACAUACUCAGCCUGGCGCUGGGCGACCUGCUGGUCAUCAUCACGUGCGUGCCGUUCACGUCCACCGUGUACACGGUCGAGUCGUGGCCGUACGGCGAGCUCAUAUGCAAGCUGAGCGAGGCCACCAAGGACGUGUCCAUCGGCGUGUCCGUGUUCACGCUGACCGCGCUAAGCGCCGAGAGGUACUGCGCCAUCGUGAACCCCAUCCGACGGCACGUGUCGUCGAAGCCGUUCACUCUGAUGACCGCCGUGGCCAUAUGGAUACUGGCCGUGGUGCUGGCCACGCCGUCGGCCACGUUCUCGUACCUGGCCACCGAGGUGAUACCCAACACGAACGUGACCAUCGUGUACUGUUACCCGUUUCCAAAAGUGCUGGGCGAGGGGUACGCACGGGGCAUGGUCAUGUUCAAGCUGCUCGCGUACUACGUGGUGCCGCUGUUCGUGAUCGGGUGCUUCUACCUGCUGAUGGCCCACCACCUGAUGGUGUCCACGCGCAACAUGCCCGGGGAGCUGCAGCACGCCGGCCAGUCGGGCCAGAUCCGGGCCCGGAAGAAGGUGGCCAAGAUGGUGCUGUCGUUCGUCGUCAUAUUCAUGAUCAGCUUCCUUCCGUACCACGUGUUCAUGGUGUGGUUCCACUUCAAUUCGAACUCCCGCGACGAGUACGACGACUACUGGCACGCGUUCCGCAUCGUCGGCUUCUGCCUGAGCUUCAUCAACUCGUGCGUGAACCCCGUGGCGCUGUACUUCAUCAGCGGCGUGUUCCGCAAACACUUCAACCGGUACCUGUUCUGCUGCUGCCCGUUCGCCCGGUCCGGCCCGGCCACCGUCGAGUCCACCAUCCAGGACAUCAACCUGACGCACGUCAACAGCACGUCGUGCAGGCGACACAACUCGGUCGUCACCAGCCACGCCACCACUCUCGGCCACGCCACCUGACGGGCGGCCUGCGGCAGCAAGCCCGUCACCAACGGCAAACGCCCGGAAGACUGCAACGUCGUCUGACGACGAUAACGCGCUGAUAACAACGAGUUCGGCACGCGGUGCAGACGAUCGCGUGACACACGGGCGAACACGGGUGUUUGUCUGCGGGUAACGUUUGCGAUACUAUCACAGAUCUUUACAAUAAUAUAUUUAUUAUAUACAUCGUUCAGGUAACGAUAAAACACGUGGUGACGCAGUGGCGUGCUCAGCUUUUUUGGUGUAAAGGGGCGCGUUAUAACAAAAAAAAAAAAAAACCAUCGUAUAUUGUUGCAUUUGCCGGCAGGUGCUAUGAUUAAUUAUAAUAAUAAUAUAUCAUUAAUCGUGUGUAUAAGGGUAAUAUUUGUACAGUAUUAUAUGUAUAAGUUAUUAAUAAUACGUCUUGACAAGAUGGCGGCAAGUAUGCUUUCAUCGCUUCAUCACAUGAUAAUUAUCUGUAUUAUAAUACGUUAUCGUUAUCGUCCAACUCAUUAACCUGUAUCAUAUGUAAAUAUUAAAAAAAACCAAAAACAAAAUCACGCAAAAAAAACUAUUGAAAACGCGAGUUUUUAUUUCAACAAUAAAUUAUACGGUUUUUUUCCUGUGUCAAUAUAGACAGGACAAAUCCAAAGCGAUAAUACACCCUUCCCAGUGAGCACGUCCCUGGGGUGACGAUAAUUUAUUCAAAUGCACUUCGUUCGUACGAGUAGUAUAGGUACGUCAUAUUAUUAUAAUUUGUGGUGUAAAGUUAGACGACUGCUGGUGGUAGAUUUCUUCCCGUUCCAAUUCCGAUUGCAACUUAAUGUGAAAAGUGUGAUCAACUAAAUAAAUGAAAAUAUAUAUUUAUACGCCUACGUAAUGUGGAAAAGCCGCUUCACCGAGGUCAGUCAAUCACGGCAUGUCAUCAUCGAACGCAUAUUUUGUUCAACCCCUGCCCCCAAACUGCAAAUACACCGUCUGUUUUUUAUAAAAUUAUGAUCUGUGAUAUUAUCGUUAUUCGUUAGUAUACGAUGACGACGACGACACGCCCUCACCGCCACCGCUGUAUUACGAGUAUUAUACGAAAACGAUUUAUUUUUCAAUGUUGGUUUUUCCUUUUUUCUUUCAGCACAACUUUCUUCCCGAACUCGACGACACGAGUAAUGUUUGCGCAUUACCACCACUGCCCACACCUACAUGCACACAAAUUGUUCCUCCGAAUCCAUUACCAUAGAUAUAAUACGCUUAUACCUACGUACAAUAUAGAUAUAUUCGCAGUGUGUGUACCGACGGCUUUAAGAUAAAUUAUCUCGUUCGACAAGUUUCCAACUAUAGUCCUACGACUGCGCGUCGUUACUCGGGCAUAUAAAAUACGAUAUAAUAUUAUAUCAGUGAUAUCGGCUGCGGUAAGUAUUUCGAUUCGUGUUAAACGAUACAUUUUAUAUAUUAUAUUACACCGGCUUAUACUUUGACCGGUUACAUGGCUUCAACUUCUUUCUUUGCACACCACGUCUUACUGCUCUUACUUAUAGCUUAGCUUCUACGAAUCAUAUUAUGUGAUAUAUUGUAUAUAUCGCACACUACGUGUCCCGAUCGGUUACUUUCAAUCAAUUACGUAUGUUAUCCAAAAUUUAAAAACUUUUUCGAAUGAUGACUAAGAUUCGGUUAUUGAAUAUCGACUGGCCGAUUAAUGAUAUUAUAUUAUCAUUAAUUUACACUUUGGAAAUUAUUUAAACCACAUAAAAUAUUAUAUCACUGAGCAAUGAAUAAUCAACAAUUAUAGGUACGACAGAAUAUAAAAUUGUAAGGAGUAAAUAAAUAAGUAAGGUACAUAAACAUUUAUCCAAAAUAAAAUUACUCACUUGGUUGAUUAUUAGAAAAUACUUCUUGAAAUGUUAGAAUGGUGAUUCACGAAAUUAUAUUGUUAAUCAACUAUAAAGAUUUUAAUAUUUAAUGUAACUAGCAAUCAUCCGUAGCUAACAUCACACCUAAGAAUGUCUCUAUAAUACGACUGUGUUCGUAUUUGAUGUUGGAACUUUUAUAUUAUUAUAUCUAUAUGUAAUAAAUAUAACAGAAAAUUCAACAGUUAAUAAUUUAUCAAAAAAAUGUACAACUUAUUGAUUCUAAAAAAUAAUAAUUUUAUAAAUUAAAGUCACAUAAUUUACUUGCUUAAAAACUUUUAUUCAACAACUAAUUUUUAGAGUAUUUAAUAUUUUUAUUUUAUACACACAUUAUUGUACAUUAUAUAUUUUAUAAACCUUUGACCCACUUAAAAAAAUGUUCAACAAAUAAUAUGUAAUAAAUACUAUAAUACUUGUUGCACACUUAGUAAUAAUAUCUAGUAGUUAUAAAAAAUAUACGU